AUGAAUAAUCUGUCCUUCAUCGAUAUGGAAAUGAAUAAUGUGAUUAGGAAAAAAAUUGCCUGCCCUCCCCCAUCCCCUUCAGAAUUAAAUGGGCGUCCCUUUACCAAACUGAAGCAUGGAAAUCAUUUAAAGACUGGUGCAUCACAUCGUAUCUGUCGGCAUAACACAAAAAUGUCAGUCUCAUACUUGAAGUGUUCUAUUGUUGGUGAUGCCAGGGUUGGCAAAACGCACUUGUCUAAAGUAUUUGUUGGAGAGAAAGGUGAUUCGAAGUAUACCCCUACCAUUUUUGACAACUACUAUGGUCAAACAUUCUGUAGAGGAAAGAAAACCAACAUUGCCAUUUAUGAUUUGCCUGGACAGCAUGACUUUGAUCGCAUGCGGAGAUUUGCUCUCAAGGACAGUAAUGUCAUUAUCAUUUGCUACGAUGUUCAGAAACGAGUUUCUUUUGAAAAUGUUCAGACGGUUUGGAUUCCUGAAAUUCGCCAGUUUUUUGGACACUCCAUUCCGAUAGUUUUGGUAGGGAUCAUGUCCAACAAAAAACAAGCUAGGGGCGUCUCAAGAACAGAAGCUAUUAAAGUAACAACCGAAAUGCAACUUCAUGACUACUUUGAGAGUCAUUUUGACGACAAUGCUGGGGUAUCAUGUCUGUUCUCGUGUGUUGCAACAAUUGCAAAGAAAAUCAAGAAGAAAAAUUCCUCAUUCCUCCGUCGUAUUUUUAUGAAUUGUCAUUUGAAGAAAAAAGUUAAUGAAUUUGUUUGAUUCUGUCUAACAGAAUCUGACCAUGUACCUACCAAAGGUGAAUCGAAGUCUUAUCUUCGAGAAUUGCCGGUACAUCCGAAGAAUGUUAUUUGGAAGCAAUGUUGGGU